AUGUCUUGCCGCUCCUAUCGGGUCAGCUCCGGGCGCCGGGUUGGCAACUUCAGCUCCUGCUCAGCUGUGACACCCCAGCACCUGAACCGCUUCCGGGCCAGCUCCUUCUCCUGCCGGAGUGGGCAGAGCUUCCGGGGCCACAGCGGCUUCGGCAGUCGGAGCGUCAUCGCCUUUGGGUCCUGCUCUCCCCGGAUGGCAGCGGUGGGCCCGCGGUCCUUCCGCUGUGGAGCGGGCUUCGGGGCCGGCUUUGGCUUCGGUGACAGCGGCUGUGCUGGCCUGGGGCUCGGGGCCGGCAGCGGGGUCGGCCUGGGGUUCGGGGCUGGCGGUGGCCUUGGCUAUGGCUUCGGCGGCCCCGGCUUUGGCUACAGAGUUGGAGGCAUCGGGGGCCCAGCGGCUCCCUCCAUCACAGCUGUGACUGUGAACCAGAGCCUGCUGACUCCCCUCAACCUGGAGAUCGACCCCAAUGCCCAGAGAGUGAAGAAGGAUGAGAAGGAGCAGAUCAAGACCCUCAACAACAAGUUUGCAUCCUUCAUCGACAAGGUGCGGUUCCUGGAACAGCAGAACAAGCUCCUGGAGACCAAGUGGAACUUCCUGCAAGAGCAGAAAUGUACGCAGAGCAACCUGGAGCCGCUCUUCGAGAGCUACAUCACCACCCUGAGGCGGCAGCUGGACGCGGUGACCAGCGACCGGAGCCGGCUGGAGGCUGAGAGGAACCACCUGCAGGAUGUCCUUGAGGGCUUCAAGAAGAAGUACGAAGACGAGGUGGGGAGCCGGGCCUGCGCUGAGAAUGAGUUUGUGACUCUGAAAAAGGAUGUGGACACGGCUUUCUUGAAUAAGUCUGAUCUGGAGGCCAAUGCUAACACCCUCACUCAGGAUAUUGACUUCUUAAAAGCCUUGUACAUGGAGGAGAUCCAGAUGCUGCAGUCCCGCAUCUCAGAGACUUCGGUCAUCGUGAAGAUGGACAACAGCCGGGACCUGAACCUGGACGGCAUCAUCGCUGAGAUCAAGGCCCAGUAUGAGGAGAUCGCCAGCCGCAGCCGGGCCGACGCUGAGGCCUGGUACCAGACCAAGUAUGAGGAGAUGCGGGUGACCGCUAGCCAGCACUGCGACAAUCUGCGCAGCACGAGGGACGAGAUCAACGAGCUGACGCGCCUGAUCCAGAGGCUGAAGGCAGAGAUCGAGCACGCCAAGUCUCAGCGGGCCAAGCUGGAGGCCGCCGUGGCCGAGGCCGAGCAGCAGGGCGAGGCGGCCCUCAGCGACGCCAAGGCCAAGCUGGCGGAUCUGGAAGGCGCCCUGCAGCAGGCCAAGCAGGACAUGGCCUGCCAGCUGCGCGAGUACCAGGAGCUCAUGAACGUGAAGCUGGGCCUGGACAUCGAGAUCGCCACCUACAGGCGGCUGCUGGAGGGCGAGGAGAUCCGGAUCUGCGAAGGUGUCGGACCAGUAAAUAUAUCCGUGAGCAGCUCCCGGGGCGGCCUGGUGUGCGGGCCCGACACCCUGGUCAGCGGGUCCUCGCUCUCCCGCGGCGGGGUCACCUACACCAGCAGCAACAGCACCCGCUACAGCGGGGGCACCUGCAGCUCCAGUGUGGGCGGGGGCACCCGCGGGGGCUCCGUGCUCGUGGGUGAGGCCUGUGCCCCCUGCGCGCCCUGCCCGCUGCCCACCGAGGGCUUCAGCAGCUGCAGUGGUGGCCGCAGCAGCCGCAGCUCCAGCGUCCGCUUCGCGUCCACGACGUCCUGCCGGACCAAGUACUAA